AUGGCCUAUGACCGCUACGUCGCCAUCUGCCAGCCCCUGCACUAUGGGACCCUCCUGGGCAGCAGAGCCUGUGCCACCAUGGCAGCAGCUGCCUGGGGCAGUGGCUUUCUCAAUGCUGUCCUGCACACGGCCAAUACAUUUUCACUGCCUCUCUGCCAGGGCAAUGCCCUAGACCAGCUCUUCUGUGAAAUCCCCCAGAUCCUCAAGCUCUCCUGCUCAGACUCCUACCUAAGGGAAGUUCGAGUUCUUGUUGUUAGUGCUUUUUUUUUUUGGGUGUGUUUUGUUUUCAUUGUUCUGUCUUACGUGCAGAUCUUCAGGGCCGUGCUGAGGAUUCCCUCGCAGCAGGGACAGCACAAAGCCUUUGCCACGUGCCUCCCUCACAUCGCUGUGGUCUCUCUGUUCCUCGGCACUGCCAUGUUUGACCACCUGAAGCCCCCCUCCAUCUCUUCUCCGUCUCUGGAUCUGGCAGUGGCAGUUGUGUACGCGGUGGUGCCUCCAUUUUGGUUCAUUGUGAAUGCCCUUCUCUGCUAUGUCACGCUACCCUGCCUUUCUGGGCUGGUGGUGACAGCCAACACGGCUUCACUAAGGCAGAUCGUGCCUGACAAAUGUGGUGGUCUUCUACAAUGUGCUUACAGCAUUGGUGGUACAACAUCUGUCGGGGACAUGGACAGUGUGAUUGAGUGCAGUCUCAGUGAGUUUGUUGAUGACACCAAGCUGGGUGGUGCAGCUGACAUGUGGCAGGGAAGGGAUACCAUCCACAGGGACCUGGACAGGCUUGAGAGGGGGGCUUGUGCAAAACUCAUGAGGUUCAGCAAGGCUAAGUGGAAGUAUUAG